GGUCGACGCGGAUCUUUCUCCUCUCGUAAGCUAUAAGCCGGCAUUGUUACAGAACCCGGUCCAUUAUUUAAGCCCAUUAUUCAGCGAGGACAUUGAGCUACGGAUCCGUGCCACGCGUGUAAAAUAUCUGCUCGCAGAUUGUGCUCCGAUUUCGGUUUCUGAGCCGGGAGACGACGCGCCUCGACGUUGUUGGCGGUUGGCACCCGAGGGUCUAGGACACGAGCUUGAUUCAUCUACACUGCGCAGAGCAGCGUGCGGAGAACGCUUGAAAAGGCAGCGAUGGCGGCAGCGGUAGACUUCCAGACGCAAGCGGACAGCAUGCAGGAACCAGCAGGCAAUCAACAGGCGCACUCGAACGAAUCCCAACAUCAAAACCAGGAGCAUAGUCAGCAUCAGCAGCAUUCUUCGCAGCCGGCGCAGCAACAGGCGACCGCCGGCAUUCCCGGCAAGGAUGAUGAGCGUAAGCUAUUCAUCGGCGGAUUGUCCCGCAAUACCACCGAUAAGGAGCUCCGGGAUCACUUUGGCAAAUUCGGCGAGAUCGAAAGCAUCUCGGUGAAGGUCGAUCCCCACACUGGCGUUUCGCGCGGUUUUGCCUUCAUGGUAUUCACCAAUCCAAAAACCAUCGACAAACUUCUCGCAUCCGGUGAACAUUACAUCAAUAAGCGUAAGGUAGAUCCAAAGCGAGUUAGCAAGAAACCUCAACACGGAAAAAUCUUUGUGGGUGGUCUUACUCCUGAGAUUACUGACGAUGACAUUAAGUCCUACUUCAGCCAGUAUGGUACCAUUGUUGAGCUACAGGCACCUUUCGACAAAGUAAAAAAUCAACGUAAAGGUUUUUGCUUUAUCACGUUCGAUUCGAAAGAGGUCGUGUAUAAGUUGUUAAAAACGCCUAAGCAGACAAUUAAUGGUAAGGAAGUAGACGUCAAGAAAGUGAAGGUUAAUCCAGAUCCAAGAAAUCAGGGCUUCUGGGCACCCGGCUACGGGUACGGAUACGGUGGUGGAUACGGCUACAUCCCCGAGUACAACGGUUAUCAUAGCUACGAUGACAUGUACGCGAACUACGAUUACGCUGGUUACGAUGGAUACGACAAUAUGGGAUAUGGUCCCAAACCGCGAGGUAACGGUCCGGGACCGCGUCAAUUUCAGAGACAUCAGCCAUAUUGAGAGAGAGUGUGAGGGAGAGAAAGAGAGAUAGAGAGAGAAAGGAAAAAUGUGUGUGUGUGUGAGAGAGAGAGAGAGAAGUAUGUAACUGAGAGAGAUAUAUCUCUUGGUUAUAUUAAAACCUUUGAUUAUUACGAGUAGAACCUUUUAUUAUAGGUGGGACAAUAUUUCGUCUACCAAACCGAGACUGAAUCCGGGAUUUCGGGAGGGAGGGAGGGGGGGGAUUGUUUUAAAAAAAGAAGCAAAACAGAAUCAGAAGACAGACAGAAAAGUGAUCAAGAUAGCUUGGUUGAGCACAGAAAAAGCCUCGAAUACCCCGAAUUUAGUGCGUUAUGAAAGAAGCUUGCGCAAGUAAUGGUAUCACAAUCGAUAUUAACAGUAAUGAUUAAGAAUAACAAUAUUAAUAUUUUCGUUUAACAAACGUUGGCAAUUAAUUCAACGAACUUGCUGAACAAGAUUCCUGAAAUUGGAUUUGGAUCAAGGGAACUAGUACGCGUUCGUUACGGCAUCACUGACCCCGUGUGUACUAUCUGUAUAUUAAAAAUAAAAACUUGUAUGGUUUGCUCUUUGUAUCAUGUUAUAUACCUUUUGCAUUCAGGCUGUGUUUAGGAAGCGCAUUGAUGCUAUUGACUCAUUCUAUUCUUGUUCUAAAUAUAAUGAACAAUAAAGAUAGAAUGUGAUAAUAUGGAACGUAUUGCCUGAACACAGCCAUACAGUGGAAAAGGUAUAUAAUGCAUGUGCAUGAUGUAUAGCGUGAUGAGCAUAAGAGAGAAGAAAGUUCAAAGGAUUUAGCUAGAAAGAACAAACUGUAGACAUCGAUGAUGUAUCUAAUAUUAAUCGUCGUAUCUAAAAUCGUGCUUUUUAUAGUGUCGAUAAUUUUUUAUCGUGCAAAAUAUAUUUUUCGAUGUAAAAUUCCGAAAAACUUUACAAUAUGAGAUACAUACAGUAGCAUGUUUUUUUCUUGCGCAGAACCAGAGGCAAUUACAAUGUUUGGAUGUCCCAUUCGAUGAACUUUUUUUCUCUAUUUGUACGAGCAAAGUUUGUAUAAUACAGUGUUGACCUUGUACGAUCAAUAUUGUCUGACAAAUACUGAUAAUAUUUUGAUCGUAUAUGAUUAAUAUUGAUGUAAAAUAUUCGAAGUAUUCGGAUUUCUUGAUUCUCGAGUCUCUAUUGCUGGUAAUUUGCCGUACUCUUUAUCGUCUUACCAUAGGAAUAUUUAUAACGCAGUAAGAAUUAUACAAUUGCAAAGCUGCUUUUUAUGCUUAAUGCAAUCAUCAGAGAUUGUGUCAGUAAAUUUAAAUUAAAAUUUUUUUUAGUUAAGCAAAAAGAGUUUUGUCGCAAGUUCUGAAAUAUGAUUUGAUCUUUCCCAUCUAUUUGUUUAUAUUUGUAAUUUGCUAUUAACAUUUGCUAUUAUUUGUAUAUCCAUUGUAUUGGAUUAUCCAAGGAGUUUGUGUGUCACAUUUACAGAAAGUAAUCGCUAGAAGGAUACGAGUACUUGAAUAAGUUUGUGAUUUUUUUCGAAGUAAUCUCUUUGAAGUCUUUUUGACUUUAGUACUAACUGACAGAGAAAAAGUCUACACCUGCGGCACACACAUUUCGGAAAAUCCAAUUCUUUAGUAUCUUACUUUAGUAAUCAUUUAUACAUUAAAAAUUUGAGUUUCAUUAUAUUUCUUUCUUAUAGCUAGCAGUUGUAUCUCAGACUACGCUUCCAAUUUAAUGCGUGUAAUAAUUCAAUUUGUCAAACGCGUGCGAUCUUAAUUUUUGCAAUCGCAAUCUAGUUAUAUUAUCGAAAAUAAUCUGCGAGAAAAAAUACAGGCUAAUCUGAAUAUGGUUAUUGGUUGAAUCCGAGAAACUUUGCGUUAGCAUUAUGACUACCGUUUUAUAGUUAUAAUGCUGACGCUCCUUACAGUAGACAUGAUAACAAGUGUGUAACUUUAAUCCUGACAAUAUGAUCACAAUAUCGAGUAUUGUGAUCAUCGAAGUCGAUUUUCAAGUUGAUUGAUCAUUGAAGUUGAUUGAAUCUUGAUGAAGAAAUACAAUAAGACAGAGAGGUUCAAAUUUGUUGAACUUCUUUUACGAAAUUUUUCAUUAAUAUCAGGACAUAACUUAAUAAUAGAAUCCUUUUAAUGUUUUCCACAAUCAAUAAAAGCUAUGAAAUCAGUAAUGUUAUGUGCAAUGUAUUAUAUAUACAAUUGAUUUCAUAGUAUCACUGAUAAGCUACUUUUAAUUUUGCAAUCUACAUUAUUUCUCGCCAAUUAGAGAUACAGAUUUCAUUCUCAAUUUAACUUCUGAUAUGAAUUAAGGCUGAUAAACUGAAAUACUAAUGACAAAGUAUCAAUGCUGCAUCUUUUAUUUUAUUGUGUGUGGUUCUCUCUUUACGAGAAAUAGAACGUCGCCGCGUUCAUCUGAUGGCAAUACCGCGAAUUGCUAUAUAUCAAAUUUUGUACAUCCAAUCAGAAAUCAUUAACUAAAUUAUCAUAUUUAAAUGUUCUGGUUGCACACCAAAAUAUUUAAAGGAAUGCUAAAGUCAUGAGUUUCACCGAUUGAACAACUUAUACAUAUAAGAUUUACAAUAAAUACAUACGAUUUAUGAAACGUCAAUACGUCAGUACAUACUACAAUUACUACAUCAAUAUUGCAUGCAUGUACAUAACCGUGCAUCAAUUCGUUGGCUGGUAUUCAUAAUUGAUUUUUAUAUAAUAUUUAAUACUGUUUUAAGAUAUCAAUCGUCAAUCAAUUAUAGUCGCAUUAGCAUCUUAAAACAUUACUUAAAACUUGAAAUAAAAAUCGAUUAUGGCUAGUAUUCAUAGUCGAUUCUUAUAUUUAAAAUCGUCUUCAGUACCACCUUAAGAUGUUAUCAAUUAGAGAGCUGUAUUAGCAUCUUAAGACAUUACUUAAGACGGUCUUGAAAUAAAAAUCGAUUAUGAAUACUGACCACAGUAGUCGGACUGCUACUAUGAUCCAGCAAAUUAAUGUACGGCAAUGUAUACACAAAUUUUCAAGCACACUAAUCUUUUAUAUUUAAACAUAAUUUUAAGAACUCAACAUUGUAUUUUCGUGUAACUCGCAUUUUGAACCAUUUUUAUUUUGUUCAAAUACACUACAGAAUUUUUGUAUGAAGCAAAUAUUAGUACAUGUUGACAGUUGUAAAUGCCACAUUAAGUUAAGAAUAAACUGAUAAAACAGAUCUAAAAUUCUAAUUUUUUUUUUGUUUUUGACAUAAAAUUGAUUUUGGACUACAUUAAUAUUUAUAUAUUAAUUGUAGAAAAGGACUUUUAAAUCUGUAAAGGCAAUUAGGAAAAAGUGUGCUGGAAAAAAUCGUGUUCUGUCAGUAAAACAAGACUUUAGAAUCCUCUUAAUUGUGAUAGUCAGAAAAUCUGUUUAUUUUCAUCAAAAUUUGCUUAACUAAAUAUAUCUUGUUAAUUCAACCAUGAUUAUUUUUUUGUGUAUAUAACUUAAAAUUAUUUACAUAUUUAAAUAAUGAGAAUGGCUACCGAACAUUAUUUAGUUAAAAAUAAGAUAAAUUACAAGUAAAUGUAUCGUAGGUAAGAUAAAGAUGAUUUCAUUUUAAUUUAUCUAGAUAAAAGAUUCGCAUAAAGAUUGUAAAAAUUAUUAUUCAGCACUAAGAUUCUAAGAUCCGUUAAAACCGACAUUUCCUUUUGAAUUCUAUGUUUGACAUUGUUGAACAGUUCUUUUACUAAUGAUAAUAUACAUUAUAAUAAUCUAGAUAAAGAUAAGAUGAAGCUAUUUCUUUAUCUAGAUAAUUCUAUAUAGAUAACGCUAAUACUGUGAAUGUGUAAUAUACUUUAGGGUUAUAUGAACAUAUUCAUUCAAUGGCGUUGCAGCUCAGUAUGAGCUUUAGACUAUUUAGGCCUGUUCUUGUUAGCUGAAUUGACUGCACUAAUUCGAAAACAUCUUUUUCUCUUUACGUUAAGCGAAAAAAGAUAAAAUAGUGCAGCCAGUUCAGCUAAAAAGAACAGAUCUUGUGCCUCUAAAUCUAAGGCUGUUGCGUUCAUGACAAAUUAGCUUUAUUAGGUGGAGAUGUCAGCUCCACAUUAAUAUGAAUACAUUGAUUAUAUUAAAUAAAAAUAAUUGUAAAUUUGAAUAAUAAGUGGAAAUUAGAACAAUUGAAAAUUGGAACAAUUAGAUUAGACAAUAACUGAUUUAACAUUAAGUAAAAUACAUGAAAUAGGCAUGUGACGCUCAUAAACGAAAACGUGGAUGAGCUAGCAUGUGAAGGGCUACUUCUCUCACUCUGCGCAUACGCGUACUGCCGAAUUUUUUUUUAGCCACACUACAUUCAAAUUCAAAAAUUUGAUCAAGCCGCUCAAGUCGCUUAUCUGUCUCCAUGUACUGGUAUUCUAAAACUUUUUAACUUGACUGUACGACAAAGAAAGAUGAUUCUCUGGAUUUAUCCUCCCACUUGGCACGCUUUCUGGCUGCCAGUGCUUAUUCCAGUAUUAUUAGAGUUCAGUAAUUUUACUUAAGUAAUGAAAUAUCGCUUUAUUCGAAUUCGCGCUUCAGAUUUUUCAAAUCCGUUUAAAUUACAAAACAAUUAGAAUAUAUAAUAUAGAUAUGAAUCCAACCAAAUAAUGAAUAGCAUAUUUUGUAUUUCAAUCAAUUGUGGCACUGGCAUUUCUAAUAUUCUUGUCUAUAAUAUGUCAGUUUAUCAGCGCUGAAAAACAUUUUUACUAUUUGUAAGAAUUUGAGAUACAUAUAUACAGUAAAUGAAAAUGAAUUGAAAUGUAUUCAUUUCGACAUCAAUAUCGUGAGCUAAUCGAGUUCACGUUUUGACAAUCACGCGCGAGUUUCCAUAAGACAGUCUUUUAUACUACUUUGUCGGUACUCUUUAUCUUCGAAGGAUACUAUAUAAAACCACUUUACUGAGAUAACAUAAAAUUCAUUUAUGCACCAGUAACCGUUUGGAUUAGCCCAUUUUUUCUGUCAUGAAUUUCUAUUAAUUUAGGAUUCUGCUUAGAAAUCUAGCUGAUAUCCUUCUGAGAGAGGCAAAGAAAGAGGUCUAGCUUAGAGGAUAAAAGGAUGGAUUGUGAACGAUAAUUGUGGAAAACGCGUCUUUUGAGACUGGAUAAAGUGACAAUUACAUUCAUAGUAUACUCACGAGUCAUAAUGAUUGCAAAAGAAAGUAUCACAUCAUUUGAAAGAAAUCGUCAUUAAUUUCGGAGCGCGUUUGAAGCGCCUUUUUUCAAAGCUUUAUGGUCAAAAGCGUAAAUUAACUAAAAUAUUUGAUCUUCUUCUCCAUCACGUUCAUGUUCUCUUCACAAUCACAAGCUCUCGCUUUAUUGAAAGAGGAAAAAAAGGAAUAGUUAAUAUUCAAGGAUCAAAAUCUAUUUCUUUCUUUCUUGUGCUUAACUCAUGAUAGAAAUGUUGCCGAAUAACAUGUAAAAUGUAAUUUAGUCUCAUAAGAGUAGUAAUCUAAUGAUAACUUAUAGUUACUAUCGAGAUUGGAUUAUACAUAUAUCGUAUGUAUGCGUGCAUAAGUGCAUUCAUGCACAGCAUGCGUGCACGUGUGCCCACACGUACGUGUGUGUUUGUAAUAGAUACGAAACACGCGGAAACGCGAAAAAUUAAUCUUUAGAAAAUAAAAAAAAAAUUAAAAAAUUAUAUAAUUAAAAUAUGACGUCCUGGGUAUACACGUGAAGUGCACGCGCGAGCGACGAAUCCAACCGAAAACUUCCUGUCGACGAAAUAACACAUCUAGUAGUAACGUGAAAAACGGCGCAUCUUUGCGAUAUAACCAUAGUUUACACAUGUAUUUAACGCAGCAUCGUGUCAUAUUAUCGAUAUCCUAAAUGUAUCAUAAAAAUGUAUAUCGCCAUAGUUAAUUGCCUGGCAGUUUGUCUCUAAUAACGUAAGAUGGAUAAAACCUAUCUUGAAACAAAGUUCUAUUAUUUGCGUGUCGUCUGUGUACGGUCUGCGUGUCUCGGUCUGUAUGAAAAAUAAAAGAAAAUAGGAUAAGCGCUAGACAUACGUGAAGAUAAUUGAUGAGAUGAGAGUGUAAAAUGUAGAUAAAGGCUUCCCUAACUGAUCCAGGCGACCAGAACGUUUAAGGCACGAGGCGACCGGGGAUGACAAGCGAAUUUAAUGUUUCUUUCACAUUUCUAUCGAGCAGCGAGUUCCUGUUCGCCGUGCAAAGACUGUUCUUCAUAUCGUGAAAAGACUGUUAACACAAGUGAUGAUACAGGCACUAGAAAACCUUGACAAUUAAUAGAACUUGCGGUUUCGAACACGAAAAUUGAAAGGAUUAACCGAUUAACAUAAUUGUAAAGAAUGUAGAUAAGACGCAAUGGGACUACAUUUAGAUACAUCGAAAUUAUAUUGUAACAAUGCCGAAGAAGCUACAUUCAAAAAAAAAAAAAAGGUUUUUUCUCAGACGUCGCAAAGGCAUCAACGGCUUGGCUCAACUUAUCAUCGUUAUAAAAGUUUAACAGAUUUCUCAUGAGUAGGCGUUCACUCGAGAAGAUCGAGGAGUCAAGCUAAUGUCUUUGAAAUUAAAUCUGUAUACCGUGUAUACUAUAUUUGCUGCGUGCGGAAAUAUAUAUUGAAAACGACGAAGACAAGGGGUAGAGUAGAGAGAAUGAAAGAGAGAGUAAAAUUAAAGGGAAACGAGACAGAUAUUUUGUUACUAUUAAUUACUAUUCGCCUGUUUCACCCAUGACACAGUGUAUAUUUUAAUUAUAGCAAAAAAAAAGAAUAAAAAUGCCGAUCAUUUCAA